AUGAUGUUUGUGUUAUUCUUCAUAUUAACUUGUCUUGGUAUUGAAUGCCCUAACAACACAUUCGUCGAUAAUGAGAGCUGCAUAGUUUGUUCUCCAUAUUGUGCAGAAGGUAAAUGUGAUAUGGAAAAAGGGUGUGUUGAGUGUGUCAGUCAUUUUCAAGUAUCAAAUAAAUCGUGUGAAAGUAGUUGUGAUGAAAAUAAAUAUUAUGAUGGAAACAAUUGUGUGGAUUGUUCUGAGCAUUGUGCUAAUGCUUAUUGUGAUAAGUUAAAUGGAUGUGUAUUAUGUCAAAAAGGGUAUUUGGCUUUCAAUAAAACAUGUAUUGAUACAUCUUGUGGAGAAUUAUGUAAGCCAGGUUAUUGCCAAUCUGGGAUGUGUUCUGAAUGUGUAGAUAACUAUGUACUAACCAACAAUACAUGUUUUGAUAAUUCUUGUAAUAAAUGUGAAGUUGGACAUUGUAGUAAUGGGUAUUGUGAUGAUUGUAUUAAAGGAUGGUACGUGUAUCAAGCAAAAUGUUGGGAAUGUCCUUCAAACUGUACAGAGAAUGGAUGUGAGGAUGGGUAUGGAUGUACUGAAUGUGUUGAUGGAAUGCAUUUAGAUUCUGGAAGAUGUGAAGUUAAUACUCCAGAGGAAGAAAAUAAAGAAAAAAAUUGGCGAUUGGGGUUAUACAUCAUAUGCCCUCUUCUUGGAGUAUUGCUCAUAGGAAAUAUCUUUGUAAUAGUUCUAUAUAUUAUAAGAAAAUUUAGAAACAAUUCUUACACUUCUUUAUCAGUCAAUUAA